GCUUGUCUGCUCUCCAAACUAGAUCAUACUGCCGGACGAAUUUGUCGAGAACGGCCACAAAUACUCUAUGCCGGACAUGGCCCACGACACACCCUGCCAGUCCGGGACUAAGGCGGUUCACGACUUGGUUGCAGCGGCUAGGAAAACCACAGGAUCCACAAGAGGAGCCGACGGAUGGCACCGAGCAGGCCGCAAAAAUCGCCAUGCUAGAGAAGGCAAUGAAGGGGCGGCAGCCGACCGAUCUCAUGCUACGAUGUACAGUCCUGGACGCGGAAGGGAGCGUGACCACGAUCUCUGGGCAAUUCAAGAAGUCCGAUUUGUGUUCCGAGCACCGUUUGAACCCUCGUGAUCUCCGCAAAAUCGAUUCAAGGAUACCGAACCUCGUGCCUACGAUCUUGGUGCGAAAGGAAGCAAUCCUUGUCAACAUCCUCCACAUACGUGCCCUCGUCAAGGCAGACACAGUCAUCCUCUUCGACACCUAUGGCUCGGCCGACUCUCGUUUACACUCGGUGUUCCUCUAUCACCUCGAGCAUAAUCUGAGAGCGAAAACGUCGGGUUUGCCUUAUGAGUUCCGAGCGCUGGAGUCGAUCUUACUGUCCGUGUUGAGUGCACUGGAAGCGGAAAUGGUCUUCAUCCGCAACCUCGUCGGGGGACUGCUUGCAGAACUGGAGGACGACAUCGAUCACGACCGGUUUAAGCGUCUCCUGCACUAUUCGCGUAGGUUGGCUAGCUUCCAGAACCGCGCAAAGCUGGUUCAAGAAGCUCUGGAGGAGGUUCUCGAGCAAGACCAGGAUCUCGCAGCCAUGUACCUCACGGAUAAGAGGAAUGGAGUGCCUAGACAACUCGACGACCACGAGGAUCUGGAAGUCUUGCUCGAGUCGUUUUCCAAACAGGUUGAGGAAAUCGUGAACGAGGCUGAAAAUAUACAGUCAAAUGUCCAAUCCACGCAAGAGAUUGUAGAGCUUAUCCUCGACUCCAAUCGGAACGCGCUGCUAGCAUUAGACCUUAAGGUCUCCAUUUUGACGAUGGGGAUCGGGAUCGGCACACUUGUGGCUGGCGUGUUUGGUAUGAACUUGAAAAGCCAUUUCGAGGACCACGACUACGCAUUCUACGUCAUGAGCGUCGCUGCGAUUGCUGCAUGCACGGGCGCGGCAUGGAUCGGAGUGCGCCGGCUCGCCCGGAUCCGUAAAGUCGGGCUAUCUAACGGGAACCGCAAGAAGCCUGAAAACCGGCGGUGGAACUUGUUUUCACUACGUGGGCGCCGACCUGACUCUUGGUCAUGAUCAUCUUUUUGUUGCUGUUUGAGGCAGUACUUCCCUCGGGCCAGGCCCGUCAUGCUCUGCAUUCUCAUGCCCCCCGUCCACUCGUUUCGUCCACCCCCCUCCGCCUCUACACGUUUCACACCCUCCGCUCUUGCACCAUCUUACGACCGGCACAUACUGUAUAGGAUAUCUACAUGUAUAAUGCAUACCGCCCAGCCUAUAGAAUGACCGUCUC